AAACGAACAGUUCUACCAGUACCCACAACCAUCACGAUGAGGAGGCCAAGUGUUUCACUCCGCGCUAAUAGCUUUGGCAAGACGGAAGGAAGGAAAGGAAGUCAGACAAUAAGACACAGCUGGUCCCCCAAGUCGGGUGGUGGAUCGUCUCCCGCCACAGAUCUGAAGCCUUCCUUGGAGACCAUCGCCGCCGUCUUGAGGACCAAGCUGAAGGUUAAGGACCGCCGAUUUCGGUUGAGAACUUAUUCUCAGUGCUUUUUGGGCAGCGAAGCCGUCGACGCACUAUUACCCUACGUCAAGUCGAGAAAAGCAGCUGUUCACUUGGGGCGGCUGUUGGCUGAAGAGCUGGAUUUGUUCCGACAUGUGACGGAUGGACAUGAUCUGAAGGACGACCACCUGUUCUUCCGGUUCGUUGCCAAAGAUGUAGGUGGUGACGACAAUACGAGUUCUCAGAGUGAAAGCAAGGAGGAUGAUCCUCGACCAGUGUUGAAACAACAGAAACAAUCGACAUUGAUGAGACGGUCCUUGAGCAAAAAGAGCAAAUCCUUUCGGCUAGAGCCAAGGUCCAUGCUACUAUUUGACUGCCUCAGCAGUUCGGCUCGCGAAAAGGAAUACUCGAUGCUAAAGGACAUUAUCCAAAGACAACUCAAGCUAUCUCAAGCUGCCUCAGGACCUCCCGCUCCUCCUGCUCCACUUCCCGUCAUGUCUGGGAGUCAAACGACAAAUGCCAAUGAUUUUUUGAGGAUUCAAGAAAUGAUGAAGAAACAAACAGAUUCUAAUAACCAGACCAACAAGAAGAACUCGUUGCUGGAUGAUGACGACUCGGACGACGACGAACAGCAACAAACUACUGCGCCUCAGCUGGCCAUGUCCGAAAUGAUGAGGACAAUUCCUGAGGAUUCCAACAACGGAAAAGCAACCUUUGCUGUUCUGUUGCAAGGCAAAGCAGGGAGUGGCAAAUGCGAUACUGUCAAGCAGCUGUUGAAGGAUAUUUCAGGCACAUGCCCAGUCCAUAGUCAUCAUCACCAGGACGCUACUAAGAAUCGAGUGAUUCUGGUGGGGAACGGGCGCUUUGAGCAACACCCUGAGCUCGCGCUCUCUCCCUUGCCAUUCCAGACCAUUAGUCAUGCCAUUGCGGAAAUUGUCGACGCUCUGGUGCGCGAUUCCGAUGAGGCUACUGGUGGACAGUGGGGGGAACGGCUUCAAUCAUCACUGGACUCGUCUCUCCGAUUAGAUGUCCUCAUGACGUUGGUGCCGAACCUCGCUUAUUUCCUGGCCAAAGACGGUCGCAACUCCUUCACUACCGAAACCGGAAGGAUUUCACCAAAAGAUGUGGCCCUGCUGGGAAUAAGAGCCUUUCGAGAUUUUUUCCGUGUGCUGUCUCAAGACUACGCCAUCGUGCUGUCCCUCGAUGAUCUACAAUUCGCAGACAAGGAGUCAGUCAUGUUCUUGAGAACGCUCCUGGAGGAUGAUGUCCUUCACAAGCAAAGUUUCUUCUUUGUCGGGACGCAUCGUCUUCUAGUGGAUGGCACAACAACAACAAAAUCUACGGUCGAUGAUGCCAUCAACUCGUUGAGGGCGGAGAGAAUACAGUUUGACGAUCUGACAGUGGCGGGUGUCAACAAUAUGCUAAGUCACCUCUUGAAGCUACCGGCGGAUGAAACACACCUGCUCGCAAUUGUGAUUCACAAUAAGACAGGAGGAAGCUAUUACUUUUGCAUCCAAUUCAUUCGAAUGCUGGAACAAAGGGGCAUGCUGACAUAUUCAAGGCUUCAAAUGAACUGGCAGUUUGAUUUGCAACAAAUAACCAGUGGAGCAGAAGUCACCACCAACCUGGCGGACGUUGCAGCGGAAAAGCUGCGGUCCUUGUCGGACAUGCAACAAGAUGUUACGGUUUUGGCAGCCGCACUGGGCAGCUCCGAAUUCGAGAAGGAGGUUUUGGAAAGAUUACUCGUUCCUUACUUGAAUUUCUAUGGAAAAGGUGACGGGGUUGCUUCUGGAGCUGACCUGCUGCGACAAAACAUUAGAGACCUUGUGGGCGAGGGCAUUGUCCUCAAAGGCGUUCUACCUGGACGCUUUCGUUUUGCGCAUGAAAAGGUUAGGCAAGUCGCACUUGAAAAACUGCCAGAGUGUUCCAUGAAACGGAAACAAUUGUUCCUUUGCUUGGGGAAAGAGCUUCUGGAGAUGGUAGAUUCGAAAUCUCCUCUCAGACUGUUUCAGGCUGCUGGCCUGCUGAACCAAGCCCACGAUUUGAUUACGGAGCACCAUUGGAAGGUCAGACUCGCCGAGACCAACUACAAAGCCGCUUUAGCCGCCAGCGAGCGGUCGUCGCUAUUCCCGGCGGCGGCAUUCCUGGAGAAAGCUACGGAUGUGCUUUCGUCGUCAACAACACCCGAGGGAGCCUGGAAACAGAACCACAGUCUCAUGCUUCAGAUUUCCGAUUUGAGAGUCAGAGUCGAGAGUCAAUGUGGCCGUGUAGACACAUGCAUCAACGUGGCGGAUCAAAUCAUUCAAUACGGCAAUUCGCUGGAAGAAAAGAUUUCAGCGUAUUAUUCCAAGUUGGUCGCCCUCAUUCAGCGCGGAGAGGGCACUGCAGCCAAGCAGCUUGCAACGACUGUUUUGCGUUCGCUAGGGGUGGCGUUUCCCGAGAAGAUUUCGACUGGUGAUAUCGACAAGGCCAUCGAUCAUGUUCUACAAGAGCUCGAUUCGAAAUCAGACGACGAGCUAAUCAACAUGCCACAAGCCUCAAACCCAAAUGCAUUGUCCAUUCUCAAGUUCUACGACCAGCUUUCCACCCUUGCUUUUGCGACAUCCGAUUCUAUGACAGGAAUGCUCUGCUUUGUGGUGUCCAUGAAAGCCACGCUGGAAUACGGUGGCACGGUGCUCUCCUGCAUAUCUUUCGUACAAUUUGCAAUCCUCUGCAUGCUGAAGGGAAAAACCAACGAAAGCCACCGAUUUGGCGAGCUGAGCUUGCGGUGUCUGAAAGAGCGACCGGGAGUAACAUGUUAUGAUGGACGAUGCAGAACGCUCUAUAGCUACUAUGUCGGACAUUGGCGAGCCUCGUGUCAAUCAUUUGUCGAGAACAUGGGUGAAGUCUUGCAACAGUACUGGCUGAAUGGGGAUCUAGACAACUACUUCGCUGACACAUCCGUCUACGUUGAGCUUUACCUCUGUGCUGGUUUGAAGCUCGACCCUGUCUACAGUGAUAUCGAACGAGUGACGGGACAAAUCCAGGACAAUCGACGUGUCCAAGCUCAGCUCGGUGACGCUCCUCUGUUUCAGUUUGUGUCAAACCUGGUUGGUCGCGAUGAGGCGGACUAUGGCAAGGACUCUGACGCCAUCGAGUUUCACGGUACCUUGUGCGCCGCGCACUUUGAAGAUGAAAUGACGCGGAAAGGAGACCAUCAGUCUCUUCAGAAAUACUACUUAUUCCAAAUGAUUCAUUGGUACUUGUUCGGCAUGUACAAAGAAGCGCAUGAAUUUGCGCAGAAGCUGUCGGACAACGACUUGACUUCAAUUGGUGCUUUCUAUCCCUAUCAGCUCUUCUACCGUGGAAUGGUGAUGUUUGCAAUGGCACAAAAACACAAACAUAACCAGCUGAAACGCAAUAGCUUUCGAAAAGCUGGAAAGGAAAUCAGCAACACAUUCGUGUCUUGGGUAGAAGGAGGCAACUGGAAUGUGCACCACUUGCUGCUCCUUUUGAAAGCAGAAGAACUGGCGACCAAGAAAGCUUUAGCCGAAGAGGUCAGGCUAGCGUACGAUGAAGCUAUCCAGGCAAGUGCCAAGCUCGGAUUCUUACAGUCUCGAGCACUCGGUAAUGAACGUGCUGGAAUUCAUUUCGGGAGGCGGCGAAAUAGAGGGAGUGCGAAGUCGUACAUGGAGAAUGCCAUCGAAAGUUAUGAGAAAUGGGGCGCCUUGGCAAAAGUGAACCACAUUCAAACAAACUUCCAAAAGCUCACCCCAGAACGGUCCUCGCUGCAAAUACCGUUGCCCUCUGUUCAAAUGCGCAGGAAUAUCUCGGGACGGCUGGCCAUCUCAAGACUGGAUUCAUUACGAUCAGAUAGCCACCGUUCUUUGGGGACUGAAUGGUGUGCAAUGUCUUCGGAAGGAGGAGACAGUUUUGGCAGUUUGGGUAGCAACGAGGACUGGUCUUCGGAGCUCCGAGAGCUUGAGCCAUGUACUACCGUGUAAGGCAACUGUUCCCGCUGGAAGGUCUCCGCUUCCUUCAGCUUGCUUUCUGCAUACCAACAAGCCAGCCCCACUGUUUCCGCCUGAGGAAACCCCACCAGCAACAGCGGGUGUGCUGGAUGAGAACGAGGUGUCACCAGGGGAAGCAAGAGGGGUAGCAACGAGAGCAAGGCUGCGAACUUGCCCUAGCUAGCAACAGUAUGUAGAUUAGAAUAGACUCCCUUAUUUUUAAAGUUCCCGCCUCUCC